GGCGAACAAAAACGAGGAGUGUCGCGACUGUUGUGCUGGACUGUACGACAACCAAGUACAAAAGUGUAUCACACCACAACCGGCUACAAUGUCCCAUAAAGUACUCAUUAAUAUCUUUGGACUUAGUCAGUGUAAGAACUUUGGUAGCAUAGGAGAAUGAUCGAACAUUUGUUUGUUAUGACAGCUAGAUAGGUUAGUUACGUGUUUGAUAUAUUUUUGUUUUUGUUGUCAUCGUCACUCACAAUGUCACAAGAUCUUAGCAGCAGGAAACGUGGUCGAAAUAACUGUGAAGAGGAAUGCUGUGAUUUUAUGCCAUUAUCUAAAAGAAUUAACAACUUGCACAUCAAUGGGACUAUUUACAGCACUUGCGAACAACAUUCUGAACAUGCCAUUUUUAAACAGGAUGGAACAGUGGAAGAGUGGAAUGGUUUGCAAAGUAUGAAAGAUGAACGGCUGCAGUCAACACAUUCACUGGGUCCCACAUGUGCCACAGACAAGAAUAGUGGCACUAAUUUUCACAGUGUUGAUGGCAACUUCAUAGAAAACAAUUGCGCCACAAGCCAGGAAUACCCAUGGAUGUCAGAGCACGUACUCAGCCAGUAUGCACCAUCUCUCACCGCUACUGAUAAUCCGUACUAUUAUGAAAACAAUAAACUAUUGUUUGCUCUGUACAUGGAACGGUUACAAAGAGGUGGAAUCCCACUUUAUUAAUCCUAGUGUUCACAAACUUGAUGUUGCUGCAGCAGGAACAAAUUUUGUAGUUCUUAAAUAGUUUUCACGUGAAUAUGUAAGUAACAAUUUUUUCAGCUUCUGUCUCUUACUGGACAAUAUAUUUAAGCACCCACUGACAAAUUUGACCUUAUGCAUUUUUAUUAAAUUAUAACAUAGAGCAAAGUUUUAACUGUGAAUCUCGCAAAAAUACAGAAAUAUUUAGAAGACCCUUAGAAAAUGUUGGUGUAUUCAUUAUCCCUCUAACUUGUUUAAUACUGCCAAAUGGUAUGAAGAAAUGAGAUGUUGUGUCAUUCACAAUGUAUAAUAUAUGUAUUAAUGUGUGCUUGUGCACUAGUUUUUGAAAAGUCUAUUGUUAAUGUCGUGUCUUUGUCCAAACCAAUGUUAGCCCAUCAUGUAAAAUACGGAGAGCACAAUGUCAUUUUCAAAUAAAGUCUAGUCAUAUUUUUUGUGUGAAACACAUGCAGCACCAAGUUGGCUCAUUUUUUUUUAUCAAUGUCUAUAUAUCCAUGUGUUCUUAAUUGUAUUAUCCCAAUGCAAAGUACCACACUAAGUGAAAUAUGAGGAAUUUGUUGGUAAAAAUUGCUUCACUUGUCUCAUUGGUGUCCAGGGCCUGAUAGUGAAUGAGCUGAAUUGCACACAAGCACAGAGGAACACUGAUGGACACUGUAUUGUAUAAAAUUGAAGAAGUGGGUGGUUAAUUGGAAAAAGUAAUGGAAAUACUUCACUCCUGUCUUAGAAGCCAGAAAAAUGUGGCUACAUAUAUGUCUGGAGUGUGGUUAAACAGAUAAUGGGUGAUCACAUAGCAUGUAAACGUUAGGGAAUAUGCUUAUAUAUGAGCAUGUUUCCUGAUUAUCCAUAAGCUGUAAUCUGUUUGUGGAAAAUUUCUUCAUUUAAUUCCAUAAAUUGCAGCUAAAAUAAUUUUAAAGAUUAUUUUUUUUAACAAAGUUGAAAGUAUUUUCAGUUACCCACCUUUGUUGAAAGCACAGUGAAUUUAUUUUUUGGCAUAUGGAACUGUAAUUUGUUGAUAUUUCUCAAACAAAACAUACAUUUAUCCACUGCAUGAUUACAGUUUUCUUAUAUACAGUACCUGUUUCUUUCAUGAAUGCAUUUGUUGCAUGAAUGUUGGAGUGUGCUUGUGCUGCAGUCUUGCUUCUAUCCAUGACAGUUUAUGCAAGAGCAGUUCACAUGGCUCUCAAGUGGGUGGUGUAUCUUGAUGGUCUGCAGAAAAAAGUAACCAUGUUCUCUGCAUCAUCUAACUGCAGUCAUACGGAUUUGUAGCCAUAAAAAUUUUGUUAUUGAUAGGUAGAGAGAAAAGGCAUUAUGGGCUGCAAUCUUUGAAUGCUGAACGUGUACAUGCUCUAUCAAUAGCUGUUUUUGAGGCAAUUAUUAAAGUCUAUCUAAAAUCCUCUCUCAGUUCACACUUUACACUUGUAAUCUAUUACUGAAGUACACAACAAACAUUACUCUCUAUGUAAGGUGCCUAAUUUGAGAGACAUCAUAACAUUGAGGAGCCCAGUGAACAGUGACACACCUAGAGUGCCCUUGAAGUUAACUUUCACAGCCCAGUGGAUAUUUUCCGUCACUACCAGGCAAUCAUGGCAGUUUGUGAACAGUGAGGAUGUAGCAAAAACAUUAGAGCUAUGAUUUUCUAAAUUUAAAAUUCUAUGGUUGCACAUAAUGAACUUCUGCCUAAAACUCUCAAAAAUGUCAUCCAUUUUGUUAAAUUGUGAAAAAAAAAAACUCCUACACUAAACAAAACAUAGCAUUACAUGGGAGUAUCUAAAACAAAUUUAAACAAUUUUCAUUUGUAAGUGGAGUAUGGUAUACAAUAAAUUACCAGAAAGUUUGAAAUUUAUGAAUUACUGUUUAUGAACUUGUUGCUAAGAUAUUUAUCACUUCUGCUGUGCUGUGAAGCUUUUCCAUUAGCUUUACACCGAGCGAGGUGGCGCAGUGGUUAGCACACUGGACUCGCAUUCGGGAGGACGACGGUUCAAUCCCGUCUCCGGCCAUCCUGAUUUAGGUUUUCCGUGAUUUCCCUAAAUCGCUUCAGGCAAAUGCCGGGAUGGUUCCUUUGAAAGGGCACGGCCGAUUUCCUUCCCCAUCCUUCCCUCACCCGAGCUUGCGCUCCGUCUCUAAUGACCUCGUUGUCGACGGGACGUUAAACACUAAUCUCCUCCUCCCCUUAGCUUUACAGCUCACUCGGUCACCAUAUUUGAGUGAAGCAAAUCAGGCACGGAUCAUUAAUUUUUCCAGUGAAUGGAAAAAGGUUUAAGAGCCUUAGAGCACUUCAGUUUGGAUCCAGCAGCUUGAAGUUCACUGUAUGUGUCCUCUAAAUAGUGCUGAUUUGAAAACCAUACCAUUUCCCAUGCAGUUACAGUGAAGUCACAAGUAACUUUGAGCUGAUCUCUCCUUUUCAGAAGGAUAAAACUAAGCAGCUAGUGUAAAUAUUGCCCUUCAAUUCCACCUGGCACAAUGAAGGGGAGGUAGCUUGAGGUAGCUUCUGUCAUUUGAUCAGAGGCCUAUUUUUCUCCUCAUGAUAGGUAAACACUUCACAGAGCUGAAAAAGAAAUCUGAUGUCAUAUCUCCAGUCUGGGCUUUCAUGUGUUGGUGCCUUUUCUGAGCCAGAAUAGCAUUUUUGUAAGUCUUCAUAUCCUGCCAAAACGUCUUCAUUGAAUAGGUACUUGACGGUGGUGACCUUGAUUUUGUUGGCAACAAGGACUCUGAUGUCAGUAGUGUAUCCCACUAGGCCUCCUGUUUCAGUUUGGUUUCUGUAAAGUUCUCUGUCUUCACUGCAAAGCCAGUUUCCACCCAAUUUUUGUAAUAUCAAAAAAUCCUCUGCUUUCUAUAAUUUUUGAACACUUUUGUGAAUUUGUGAACCUCUGCAUAAAUUUUCUUUGUUGAAAUAAAAGGGAAGCUCAGCUUUUCCCAGAGUUCCAGUAAUUCAUGUGAUGUGAUGUCUUCUUUAUAUGGUCAGCUUACUCCUUGAGGUUGUCUUAUAAGCCAGAAAUCUACCAACAGUAUCUCUUUUCAAAGGUGCUUUGCACAGAAUCUCAUUCAUGUCCUAUAUCGCUUCUGGUAUGUUGGGAUGGGCACUUUGUAGCUGUUGUCAAAUUUCUCAUCCAUAUCUUUCCAAGCGACUUUACUGCUGAUUUUAAUUGGCAUAUGUAAACCAGAAAAUAAAAUAAAUGCUGUCAGAAAUGAUAUUGUUGUGUUGUGCUAUUUUUGUGUACCACAUAAAUGAAAUUAUAUUGGGUGUGGGAGGUUUUUACAUGGCCAGAUAAAAAUAUACCAAAAAGUAACAAAUAGGCAAAAGUUCAUCAAGUGCAACAACAGGAAGUUAAUAUUUUGAAAAGAGUUAAAAAGCCAUAACCUUAAUAGCCAUAACCAUAACUCUAAGAAUAAUAAUAAUUCUAGCAAUUAUAUUUUUUAAUUGUGAGUGUUGGCAUUUCAUAUGAGAUGUUGAAGUAG